AUGGCGAACCCUAUGUUAUUGUGGUUUGUGGGGUACUCCAACAUAACAUCAAUAGCAAUAGUCACAUUGUGUUUCGUAGCAAUGACACUCUUUAUAGGAUUUAUCAGUAUGAAUGGUGACACACAAGGUCAGUCUAAUGUUCAUAUUGGCAUAGAGGAGACGAACAUGGUUCAAAUGUCCAACCCAUUUUUUCUUGAGCUUCAGCAGCCCAGCAGAAAACUUGCAGAUGGGCUAGACCUGCGACUGUCCAGUUUGCUACCAAGCAAGAUCUUUGUUCUGUGGGGUGCCAAGAUUCAUCCAUUUCAUGACUUGAUUCUUCAGCCUGGCCGACAUCUUCAGAGAACAUUUGUCUGUGAUAACUUUGAGGAAUACAGAGAUCUAGAUAUUUUGCACUGUGAUAAACUGGAAUUUUUUGAAGCAGGAGACCAUUCUAUAAAACUGCAAUGCCCAGAUUUUGUGAGCAGUGGGACUUUGGGUGGCAUGCCAAGAAAACGUUACCCGGUCGCUGUUUUUAUAUUCAUUCCAGAGAAUCACAUUUUAGAAACAGAAGCAGAGUCUGAGAGAGAAAGUAAAAAUUAUAUUAUGACGAAAGUGAGUCAAAACUCUCAUAUCAUUAGUCAGUAUGUCAAGACAUCUGGAGUGCCAUUGUACUCACUUCAGCCUUUAUAUUUGAACACUGACCCAACUCAGAAUCAACAAAAUCAUCAUGUUCGAGGAAAAGCACAACAGAAUCAAAACCAGUACCAGACUAGCACAUCAGGACAUUCAUCAAUGAAUUCAGAAGCAUCCGAACGUGUCAGGGAAGAGAGACAUUUGAACGCAGGAGACGACACAGCUGUCAAGGGUAAAGAUAAAACAGAUAAAAAGUGUUGUUCCUGUGGUAGUGAUCUGUCAGCUGAAGAUGAAACCCCUUUGGAAAACUGUGGUGACUUGAGGCCUAGAACUGAAGAUAGACUAGAAUAUGUUUGUGAUAAAUGUAAAGAUUCUUCAGCUGUGAGUGAUGGCAUAUGUGAAACUAAAACAUGUGAAGAAAGGGGAAUAACUCCAAGUGAAAGACCAAAGUCUGCUUGUGGCAAUGGUAAUAAAAAUGAUGAAGAUGAACCAGAAUUUCCGACAAGCAAUCUUGCAGAGUGUGUCGUCUGCCAGACUCAUCGUGUCAGGUGUGCAUUGCUGCCGUGUCGACACGCCUGUGUAUGUUUGGGCUGUUUCAGAUUAUUAUAUCGAUGCCCCAUGUGUAGGGCAGGGAUCGAUUCCUACUUCUUACUAAGGAGCAAUGUUGAUGGUGAUGACGGCACUACGGAAGAAGAGGAUGGGAGUGAGGAUGACAUGCUACAAGAUAUGCAACAGGAGGCGGUCAAUGCAAGUUUUUACCAAACAUUGCACAGGUGGAAUGACAGAUUAAAUCACGUCUUGGGCUUUAGAUAA